AUGAGGCUAUUGAUUGAUCACGGAUCCAGAGUGGAUACUAUGGAUCAUACAGGUCGAUUUGCGAUUCUACAUGCAGUUGACAGCCAUAGUGUUGAUGUGCUUCGCAUGCUUCUCGAUGCCGGAGCCUCACCGAAUCCCCAGGUUCCUGUAAUAUUCUUCCGCAGCAGCCCUAUCACAGCAGCCAGCUUUGGUGGUCUAACCGAAAUGGUGAAAUUGCUCUGUGGAAAAGGCGCAAACGUUAAUGAGGAAAACCCAGAGGGUCGAACAGCGCUGCAGUCGGUAGCUAUCAGAGGGCAAGAUGCUGAGUGUGCAGCUAUCCUGGUUGAAAGUGGCGCUGAUAUCAACUGCAUCUCAAGAAAUGGAUGGACAGCGCUUACAACGUCCAUAACAUACAACAAC